AUGGAGCGCAAUCACAUGCUUGCCCCAACCCGCGAUCGCGAGUCCGCCUCAUCCCACGAUGCCGUCCUCGGACCGCCGCCUCCUCUCCCGACAGCCCAUAUGAUGGGCUUCUCUCCUCCCGCCUACUCCCCCUCGAGCCACGUCGGCGCUUCGCUCCUCAACAUGCCCGAUGUGCCCACCACCGAGCUGCCUCCCCCGCUGCCGCGACCGCUACCGCCGUUGUCUCAUCGCGAUGCCGAUAUCAAGUUGCCUUCACUCAGCUCCCUCACCGGCGACUUGGCCCUCAACCCUCCCAGCAACCAUUGGCCUCAUAUGACCCCCCUCUCGCCGUACCACCCAUCCGCUCCGCAGCCGCUGCACACCGCCGACAGCCCAAACAAGAUGGACCUCGACGCAAGCACCAACAGUGUCGCCAGCGCUGCGUCUCCCGAUCGCCUCCUUGAUGCGAGAUCAGGCAGCGUAAGCCUUGACGACCCCGAUGUGCGACUAGCCGCCGAGGCGCUGGGCGAUUUGAGAGCCGACUUUGUAUCGUCACCUCCUAACAGAAAUUCAUCGCUCCCCGUGAGCCCACCGACCUCUCACAGCUAUCAAUCAAGCUCCCGGACACGGACGCAAUCCCCACAGCCCGAGCCCUUGCUGUCUCUCCUCACCACAUCCCAUCCGUUGCUCGCUAGCACUAUCGAAGGCGCAACAUCCGCCUAUGGAGGUGCCAAGAACUUCUCCCCGCGCUUCCGGUCUGGCGCCGAGUACGUCGAAGGUUAUCUCACGCCAAUUGCCAAUACCGUUGGCUCAGUCGGUCGGAGGACUGGCGUCGAAGGUGGUGUGCGGUGGUUCUUGGGUGCAGGACGAAGGCACAACAGCUCUUCCUCUGACCUGGAAACUGGAAAUGGCUCCAAGAAGCGACGGAAAGUUGACAACACCCAGUCUGUCAGCAACAAGCGAGUCGAAGGAGAAGGCAUGAAACAGAUUGGCGGUCUCCAGCAGCUCCCAAGCGAGAGCGACGGACUGCAAGACCCGUUCUCUCCCUCGUCCAGGUUCGCCUCCCGCCGCAUGUCUACAACGAGUACCGUCGACACCUUGCCAGCCUACGAUGAAAUACGGUCGCCUGCCUACACCGAAACGGCUGAUGCACAAAACUCUCCAAGGCCGUCCAAUGGAGCGUGGCAGUCCCGCUUGAUCAUGUCCACUUCGGGUUUGAGCAUCGCGAUGAGCGAUGAGAGCCUACGCAGCUUGAAGUACUGCUUGCGAUGGCUGAAGUGGGCCAAUAGCCAUAUUGGCCGCGUCAUUGGUGCCCUGAAGGACACCCUGGAACAGUUUGACAAAGAGGAUGCCGCGGCGGCUGCCCAUUCUCAAACAUUUGAGCAGGAUCACGCCCUCGGCGAGCCGAGCAAUGGCGCAGCUGUAGAUGACCAAGUUGAGUCGCGGAGGGAGAUUGCUGCUCGGAUUGCCACCCUUAAGGGUGAUGUCCUCAGGACUCUCCAGGAAGUCAUCAUCACCGUCUCAAAAUACGCUGGCGGUGCCCUGCCUGAGAACGCGCGCAUUCUCGUUCGCCGUCAUCUCACCAGCCUUCCCCAACGCUUCCGCGUGGCUACUAUGUCGGACAAUGCCGCACAGGGCAGUGACGCAGACAGCGAGUCUGCCCUACGUGAGGGUGCACAGAAGGUACUGGUCUUGGCCAAAGAGGGUCUCGACAUGGUGGCACAGGUCAGCGGUGUCCUUGAUGGCACCAUCGUCAGCGCGGAAGAGUGGUGCGAGCGAAUGGGCAAGCGACGACGCAACCCCGAUGAGGAGAAGUCAGUGUUGCCACAAACUCAGACCAACGGCGAUGUAAAGAUGGGUUGA